AUGCCUCCAUCGCCGUCGAUAGCGGAGGCGCAGGACUUCAUUCGCCGGGAGAUCAAAACCGGAAAUCACAUGCCUGCGGAGAGGCUAGCUGUUCUGAAAGAGGCGAUGUCUUUUGUGAACCAUCUCUCGCAAGUCAACAAGCCAUGGGGUAGUUCAAACCCGCCUACUACACGGGUUCUUGAUGUAUUGGAAGACAUAUCAUACCCUAGUAUCGAGGUUCUGUAUUGGAUGGUUCGCGACUUGAAAGGACGGAACCUUGGUCCUCAUGUGCUGGAUUACUUCAAGCAUGUCUCGCCGAAAUCUCUCAAGAAUAUGGGUUACGCACUAAUCUACAGAACCGCGGAUCCCGAGACCCUGUUGCUCUAUUCAAUCUGCGUGAAUUCCGCUGCCUUCAAAUUUAUCAAUACUGUACUAGGGGAGGACAGGAUGGAAGAAGUGGGCGCAGGUAUGCUUGAAAGUGCUGCGAGGUAUCUUAAAAGUAUCAAGCUGGCCAUGACGCGCAUCCAUCUCCUAUCUGCCCCUUCACUUGUUCUUCUACAAUCUCUCCUAUGCAGCGCAUUUAUCGCGCAAGGUGCUGGAGAUUUGACGCAUUGCUGGACGUUCAUCACAGCUGCAUGUAGGAUGUGCGAAGACCUAGGCCUUGAAGCCCAAGUCAAAGCCUGUCGAACUGAGACAGAGGAUGAUAUAGAGAUCUACUACUGCUAUACAUGGUGUCACAUCCUCGACAAGAAUUAUUCCAUGAUGCAGGGAAAGAGUCGCUUCCUGCUUGAGUACGAUGGCCUGGAUGCGGCACUGUCGUCACCCUUCAACAAAGGCAUGUCAUCCCUGCUAUCUACUUACUUGCAUUUCGUCCCUAUUCAAGCGAUAUACAUGUCCGAGCUUCAUCCAGAUCGAAUCUCAAACAAAAAGUCGCUUCUAUCAAGAGUCGACAUCGUGGUGAAGGAUUUGCUUGACAGAUUGGAGCAGGUGUACACCAGAAUAACGAGUUUGCAUGCUGCAUCAGAGUCGUGGGGUGGCCUCCACGUUGCGAGUGAGCUAAGCACCGUUCACUUCUCGUAUCAUUCGCUCCGGACUUCUAUUCUUCGCUCGAGGCAAAUCUGCCAGCCAGCGAAACAGCGUAUUGACGUCGACUGUCUCCAGUCUGCGCGCAUGGCUAUGACUACUCUCAAGGUCAUUCAAGAAGAAUCUAUGACCAUCACUGAUGUUCGAGCACAUGUAUCGUACAUGCACUGGACUGUGCUCUACCACCCGUUGACGCCUUUCUUCGUGCUAUUCUGCAACAUCGUAGCAUCGUCCAGCGAGUCGGAUUUCCAGUUGCUCACCACUGUUACGUCACAACUCGACGGGCUGGCCGAUCAGAGCCCACCGAUUGCCAAACUUCAGACACUUUUCAAGUCAUUCAUUGGGCUUUGCGAAGGUCUCGUCAACAAAACCAAGGAGACGUCACCGCAUGCAGCGCAAUGCGCGCACUCUCAACAAACCGUCGGACAUGACCGAUCCGUUACGUCUGCACCGCAGCCUCCUGCCCAGUUGUCAGGGGAACAGUUGCAGCUGCCUCUGAACACGAAUAGGAUCAACACGGAAUACGCGAAUUCAGUUCAGCCCGCUGACGACAUGGCGAUGGAUUUUCCGACCGACAAUAGUAUAGGCUUACUUGACCCAAGCUGGGGAUUAUUCGACACCCAACCUACCAUGGGAUGGUUAGAUGCCGACUUCUCAUUCUUCGAUAGCAACCAAUGA